AAAUUUUCGUAUUCGAAUUUUUUUAAAGAUCAAAAUUUUUUGAGUUUCAAUUUUUAACUUAAUCAAUUCAAUUUGAUCCAAGUUCAAUAACAUUUCAAACGAAUUGUUGAGCUCGAAUCAAUUUUGCCACCUCUAAGCCUUUUCUACUAAGCAAUAAAAGUAAUCCCAUUAAUCCGGUUUCAAAUUUCAAAAUGGAAAGGAAAAAAAGCACAUUUUUAAAGAAUAAAAAAUUAUUAGUACUAGGAAGAAAUUGAGAAGCAAAACCCUUUUUAUGUUUUGCAUCAUUCAAAAUCCAUUUUAAGAAGCGAAAGCAGAGAGAGAAGAAAAAUAGAUGCUUUAAUCCAUUGAUUUUUAGGUGAUUGUCAUGGCUGGAACAUGGUUGGUGGAUGGUAAUAGAUUUGCAACAAAAAUCAGGAGUGCAUCUGAUCCUGAAAGGGUGACAUGGAAAAGCAACCCAACUAGAUCUUGUCCUAAUUGCCAUCAUAUUAUUGACAACAGUGAUGUCGAUCAAGCAUGGCCAGGAUUACCACGUGGUGUAAAAUUUGAUCCAUCUGAUCAAGAGAUCAUAUGGCAUUUACUUACAAAAGUUGUUGAGGAAGAUUCAAAACCCCAUCCAUUCAUUAAUGAGUUCAUUACAACCAUUGAAAAUGAUGAUGGAAUCUGUUAUACACAUCCCCAAAAAUUACCAGGUGUUAAGCAAGAUGGAUGUGUGUCUCAUUUCUUUCAUCGAGCUAUCAAAGCUUACAAUACUGGAACUCGGAAGCGUCGAAAGAUCCAUGGUGAUGAUUUUGCUGACGUUCGCUGGCACAAGACUGGUAGGACAAAACCAGUGUUGUUGGAUGGUGUUCAAAGAGGAUGCAAGAAGAUUAUGGUUCUCUAUAUGACCAUGGUCAAAGGUGGAAAACCUGAGAAGACAAAUUGGGUGAUGCACCAAUAUCAUCUAGGAAUCGAGGAGGAUGAAAAAGAUGGGGAGUAUGUUAUUUCUAAAAUAUUUCAUCAGCAGCAACAAACCAAACAGGUUGAGAAAACUGAGCAAGAUUUAUCUGAAAUGACUGAUGUAAUGAUGGUUAGAGUUGAUCCGGUUACUCCCAAAUCUGUGACACCUAACCCUCCACGUACGGGGAGGCAAUGCCAUGAAUACGACCAGGGGCAAGAGUAUACCACUACUUGCAUCAAUCCCUCUGCUCAGGUUUUUUUACCAAAGCAUCCUACAGUGCAGUAUGUAGAAGAUGAAGUUCAAACUGAAUGUGAAAGUUCCAGUCACAAUGAUCUAUCUGAUGCAGAAAAUCAUGUUGACCGUGUGUUAGAUAACAAUAAUAAUAAUGAUAAUCAUGCUGAGGAAGAUGCAAAAUGGUGGGAUGGUGAGUCACAGUAUUUGUUGGAUUCACAACAGCUGGUGGAAGGGCUUUCUCUUUGUGACGAGCUCCUUCAGAGCCAGUCACCAAAUAGGGAUCCUAAUGGUAAAGAUGGAGCACUGGACGGCAAACCCCGUCUUUCUGAUUAUGCUCAGUUAGGAUCAGAACAUCUUAAGAAGGAUUUGGAGGAAUGUCAAAACCUGGAAGGUGGUCCAACAAACAUAGAGCUUGAUACACCGCCCGAGUUCCGCCUGAGUCAGCUGGAAUUUGGAUCACAAGAUAGCUUUAUUGCUUGGGGUGGGAGCAAGGUGGUUGACUAAAUACAUUUGUCUUGGAUCAUGAAGGAGAAAAUACGUAGUAAAAUAUUUUAUGAAAACUUUGCCUGAUCAAUCAUCAUUAACUGGUUCUAUGUCAACUGUAAAUUUUGCUGGGAAGCCUUAACUAUGUUUAAUGAUGGUGAAGUACUGUUGACAUUUUGCUUGGGGUAGUUGCUGUUUGUAUAAUAUUUCUGUAACCCUUCUGUUCAGCAAGAGCUUUGAGAAAGGGAUACUAAUGCCCCAAUAUAUGACCUGUAUUUGUAUCUUAGCUGUGAAGCUUUGUAUUAGUUAUGUAAUUCUAGCUAUCAAGUUAGCUUCCGGUAAUCAUUAUAAUAUAUGCUCUGAAAAAUUUCCCCAUCUAGUGUAAUGUAACAGUUAACAAGCUUCAUUAUAAAUGAUGGUUCCUUCACGUUUCUGUUUAGGAAUAA